AUUCUGUAGUUAACUUGUGACCACCGAAUUGACAAGAUGCGUUACACAAUAGUUUUUUUACUACUUGUAUCUAUUUUUGGAUGUUAUGCUGUUAAUUUAAAGAGUUUUGUUCAGGGCAAUGAUAAGUUUACAGUAAACACAUAUCAGAAACUCGUGAAAAUAUCAGGCGAUGAUAACAUUAUUUUUAGUGGAUUAUCUGCAGAAGUCAUAUUGUCUUUGCUUGCAAAUGGGGCUAGAGGAACUACAAGAAAACAAUUGUUACAAGGGUUAAACUUACCACACAACAUACCAAAUAUAAAUAAAGCAUACACCAAAAUAACAUCCGGCCUAAAUAUAAAUGAAGAUGCGUAUACUUUGAAGUUAGCAAAUAAAAUUUAUUUAGCUUCAGACUUUUCAAUCAGGAGUGAAUUUAAUGAUGUUGCUGUUAAUAGUUAUGACGCCGAAGUGGAGAAUCUAGACUUUUCUAAGUCAGUAAAGGCGGCUAACUUAAUGAACAGCUGGGUCGAAGAAAAAACUAACAAUACAAUUAAAAAUCUCAUUGAUCCGCAAACAUUGAAUGCCUUUACAAAGUUGGUAUUAAUCAACGCUUUAUACUUCUCAGGACAAUGGGAAAAUCCUUUUUCUGCAAAAAAAACCACUGAUAAAAUAUUCCACAGCUCACCUACUAAAUCCAAAAAAAUACCUACAAUGUAUACCGAAGCAUAUGCCAAUUAUGCUUACAAUCAACAACUUAAAGCUAAAUUUUUGGAGCUUAGAUUUAUCAACGGAAAUAUUAGUAUGACAUUUGUUUUACCCGACGAAAUCGAUGGUCUGGCAGCUGCGGAAAAAAACUUAGGACAAUACUUGGCCUCUCAAGAAAUGAAAUAUGCUAGGGUUGCCAUCACCCUACCCAAAUUCAAAAUCGAGACCAAAAUUGAUUUUAAACCCAUAUUAAAAUCGCUUGGAGUUAAAAACAUUUUUUCUAAUGGGGCUGACCUCACUGGAAUUUCCAAAGAACGGGGUCUAAAGGUUUCCUCCGUUCUACAAAAGGCCUUUAUUAACGUUAAUGAAGAUGGUGUUGAAGCUGCAGCAGCUACAGCAGUUAUUAUUGGCCAGAAGUCUUUGGUUCCACCUCCACCAAAAUUCAUCUUUGAAGCCGAUCAUCCAUUCUACUUUUACAUAAGGGACUGGAAUACUGGCAUAACACUUUUCAGUGGACGUUUUGUAAACUAAUAUAAAUUAAACAUAUAUAUAUAUAUAUAUAUAUAUAUAUAUAUAUUUAUAUAUAUAUAUAUAUAUAUAUACAUAUAUAUAUAUAUAUAUAUAUAUAUAUAUAUAUAUAUAUAUAUAUAUAUAUAUAUAUAUAUAUAUAUAUAGAAAUACACACAGUAAAGUGUCUUUAAAUUUAAAUAAAUCAAAUUGCUCAUAG